AGCAGACGAGCGUUUCGUGGGUUCGAAAGAAGAGAGGAUGAGCGGGUAAAGGCGAUUAGGGGGCGGCAAGACGACGGCUCGUGGACGCGCGGAUCGACAGUAGCGUGAAGGCAGUCCGAGAGAAUGACUCGUCGCGCGCGUUUCAGCGUUUUGUGGCUGGCGGCCGUCGUGGCCCUGCUCGUGCCCUUCGCCGCGGCGUUAUCCAAGAGCGACCUGUACCCUUACGCGACCCCCGGCACCUCGAUCCUGCAGAGCAACGUCAACGAAUUGCUAGUUUCCGCGGAGGUCACACUGAAGACACCGAUCGCCUUCUAUGACAAAAUUUACAACUACAUUUUCGUAAACGCGAAUGGCGUGCUCACGUUCUCCAGAGCGAUGCAGAGGUUCUUCAAUAUCGCGUUCCCGCUGGACGAUCCGGUUAUCGCGCCGCUCUACACCCACGUGGACACCAGAGGAUCCGGAAGGGUCUAUUACGGCGAAACGGAUUCACCGGACGUUCUCGCGAGAGCCGGAGGAAUGGUUCGCAGCGCGUUCAAGGACGCGGCUGACUUCAUGCCCACGCACGUGUUCAUCGCCACCUGGCUGGACGUCGGCUACUUCAACAAGGGAAGCGACAAAGUGAACACGUACCAAGUGGCCGUCGCUUCGAACGGCACGCAUUCCUACACGGAGUUGCUGUACCCGGAUAAUGGGAUACAGUGGAUUCAAGGCGAAUCGCACCCCAGCGGCCUGCCGGACGCCAAGGCGCAGGCAGGAUUUAUGAGCGAGGGAAGAAUGUACACCUUGAAGGGUUCCGGCACGGAUCAGAUUCAGAACGUCGACAAGUGGUCGAAUACUAACAGACCUGGACAGUGGAUCUUCCAGGUGGGACCCAUAUCCGAUGACGAGGACAUCAAGGUCCCCGACAACAUCGAGGACGUCAACGCGACGAACCAGGCGGCCAGCUGCAGAACAGGGGCAACGACUUGCCACAGCAAAGCAACGUGCGUCGACUACGAGAUCGGUUUCUGCUGUCGUUGCAAGCAAGGAUUCUUUGGCAACGGCAAAUCCUGUCAACCAAACGACGUACCGCUUCGCGUAAUUGGACGCAUUUCCGGGACCAUCAAUGGCAUUGAGUUUCCGUCGAGGGACCUGCAGUGUUACGUGCAAACGGAGGACGGAAGGACGUAUACUGCCCUGUCGAGGAUGCCCGAGGGGAUCGGCGCCAGUUUCCAACUGCUCGGAAAUCUGGGCGGAGUGAUCGGCUGGCUGUUCGCGAAACCUGUUGGCGACACGAUGAACGGAUACGAGCUGACAGGUGGUCUGUUCAACCACACGACGGAACUGACGUUCCCUCCGUCGGACUACAAGGUGACGAUCCGAAGCAAUUACCUCGGGCUGGACGUUUUCGGACAGCUGAAGAUGGAGGCGGAUAUCCAAGGUUCGGUGCCGCUGUUGUCGGCGGAUACCCGAGUGAAUUACGGCGACUACGACGAACUUUACACGAAAGCGCAACCCGGAGUGAUUCGUUCUCGAAGCGAGAGGAUUUGCAAGGUGAACGACGGUAACGGGGAACGAGAUCUGAGCUUCACGCAGGACCAAACGAUCGUCUAUCACGAGUGUCCGUACCUGGUCUCUGACCCUGAAGACGACACCACGCGGCUCAAGCACUCCAGGGGCGUCACGACUUACGAAGCCACGGAAGGAAUCAUACGUUUCGCCGUAAACACGAAAGUGACGCCCUUGGAGGAGGAGGACCCUUGCAUUCAAGGGAGACACACUUGCACCGAUCACAGCAACUGCAUCGUCGAAGGAGACGAUUUCAAGUGUGUCUGCAAUCCUGGAUAUCAAUAUUUGUACGAAGAAGACGGUAGCGCGAUCUGCGUGGACGUGAACGAGUGCACCGCUGGAAAUCACGUGUGCUCCCCAGACGCACAGUGCAUCAACCAGGAGGGUAGCCACACCUGUCAAUGCAGACCAGGCUUCUCCGGGGAUGGUCGUUCUUGCGAUAGGCUUCCAUCGUGCGAGGAUACUCGUUGCGGUGGCUUCGAGCAGUGUUUAAUGGUCGAAGGCAUGCCCAGAUGCUCCUGCAUGCUUGGUUUCGAGGACACAGAGCAGGGCUGUUACGCUGUGCAACGAGGUUCCUGCGAAGUCGAGGAUAACUGUUCCCCCCAUGGCGUCUGCAGUUUCAUCGGGGACAAGCACGUAUGCGUCUGUUUACCAGGUUACCUUGGCGAUGGUUACACGUGCGCUCUGGAAAUUGACGUGACCACAACGGACGAACCGCCGAAACCGCAAUGCUUGGAGGAGAUGUGCUGGUGCCCGGACGGUUGGGAAUACCGGAACAACGAAUGCAUGCGCCAGGAAGAAGAGGAAACCAGAACCGUCGACUACGAUCGGGACUUAUCGGCGCGUCCGCUCCCGCAAUGCUACGAAGACUACUGUGCGUGCCCAUGGGGAUACGAUUACGACCGUUCGGAGGAGAUUUGCGUGCCUCGGCCUGGAUACAACCACGAAACGAUGGGCCCGUCAGGAGUUCACUUAUCGUGCAACGUGGUGAACAGGUGUCAUCCCUACGCCCAGUGUAUCUACGUGACGAGCACCGCGGACUACGAAUGUCGCUGUAAUCCUGGUUACGAGGGUGACGGUAUGGACUGCACGAAAACAGAGGUGUCCUGUUUGGACGUGGACAUCUGCGACCCGAACGCUUCCUGCCAGCACGAGGAACCGUUGGCCAAAUGCGUCUGCAAUCCAGGAUACGAGGGAGACGGAACCACUUGCAGUCCUAUCGACGAGUGCAACGUCGACUCGGAUUGUUUGGAGAACGAACGGUGCUCGUACAAUCCGACCAGCACGAGGUACGAGUGCGUGUGCAACCCGGAUUUCAGCAUGGUGGACGGACGAUGCGUGGUGUCCGAUUGCUCGACGAAUCCGUCUCAAUGUCACGUGAACGCACAGUGCAUGUCCGCCAGUGACGGCGGCUACAAGUGCGUUUGCAUCGAAGGAUACAACGGAGACGGGAUUCGUCAGUGCGUCGAGGACCAUAUCGGUUGCAACGUCCUGAAUAACUGUGGCAGGAACGCGGUCUGCGGAUACAAUCAGACGUCCGCGAAUUUCGGCUGCAUCUGCCAACCGGGCUUUUACGGCGAUGGUUUCACGUGUCUGCCACAAUCGUCCUGCCGACACGACUCGACCCUUUGCUCGCCAGAUGCGACUUGCGUGGCGGCUGGAGAGAAUCAAUUCGCUUGUGUGUGCAACGAAGGAUAUACGGGAGAUGGAGCAGACUGCAAGCCGCAGCCAAAACACGAGUCCAACUUCCUGUUGGUGAACCAAGGAAUGGCUACGCUUAGGAUACCGUCCGUCGCGACGUACGAUACACCGGGCACACCGAUCUACAUAGAGUACAAGCAAAUGGCGGUCGCGAUAGACAUCGAUUGCCUGAACGGGAAAGCGUACUCGAGCGACAUCACCGGUAGUCGAAUAAUCGAGUUAACUUACAACGGAUCGAUGGCGGAGACGUUCCUGCCGAAAGUGAGCAGCCCCGAGGGACUGACGGUCGAUUGGGUUUCUAGAAAUAUUUUCUGGACCGAUUCUGGGAAGACGACGGUGGAGGUCGCCAAUCUCGAGACGAAGAAACGUAAGGUGCUCGUUUCCGACGGACUGGUCUAUCCCAGAGGGAUAGCCGUUCAUCCAUACCGUGGAAAGAUAUUUUGGUCCGACUGGAACCGUGAAUCGCCGAAAUUGGAAUGGGCCAACGAGGACGGAACCGAUCGCGAAAUCUUCCUUCAAGGGGAUUACGUCAAGCUACCGAAUUCAUUAAGUAUCGAUUGGGCGACGGAUGAGCUGUGCUGGGCGGACGCCGGAACGUUUACGAUAAACUGUAUGGAGAUCGAUAGCAAGGAUAUCAACGUGGUCGCGAACGCGCUCACUUAUCCCUUCGGUCUGGCGAUCUCCCAUCAGAACUAUUACUGGACCGACUGGAAGACACACAAAAUCGAGGUUGCCAUGAAGAGCAGCGGGGACAGGAAGCCGGCCAUAUCGAUACCACCGGGAGGAAGCGGUAAAUUAUACGGAAUAGUCGCCGUUCCUGAGUCAUGCCCAAGAGUGACCAACGCCUGUCAAUACGAGAACGGAAAAUGUAACAAGGACCAAUUGUGCCUGCCGGACGGUCAAGGCGGCAGGACGUGUGCGUGCGCGGACGACGCGACAGGACCUUGCACCGAUUCUCAUUAACCGACACAAUUCGUCGACAGAAUCGAAGAGCAGGCAACACGAGAGCCUGCCUAGCGUUCGAUGAAGGAGGAAAAUACGGUCUGGCGGUUCUCUCCCGCCGACAUCACGGGCCGACCGCUGGAUCGCGUGUAAAUUAUAAUAUUAUUAAUGGUAUGAUUAGUUUGUCGUCGACGUUUUCGAGUAACACACUUUUUGUAUCUAAUGUAACGACCGCAGCGUGAAGCUGGCUGUAACGGCGCUGCGGCCCCAAUGACGCGUUAUUUAAUAAAAAUCCAAGAAACAUAA